CCACAGAUGUCGCCUCUCCGAGCUGGAAGACGGCUAGCAACCUUCAUCACGUCCAAUGCCUUCCUGGUGCUGUUAAUUUCGCUGGAACUACUGGCAUCACGGAGUGGAGCUGCUGCACUGGCCAACUGCCCAGGAGGCUGCAACUGCAACGACGAAACCCUCGUCGUGGUGUGCGAAGAAAGCCGCCUCGACGUCCUCCCUAUCGCGCUGAACCCUUCAAUACAACGAUUAAUCAUCCGCAAUAAUAAGAUUAAGACUAUCGACAGUUCGAUGCAGUUCUAUGCGGAUCUACAACAUCUAGAUCUCUCACAAAAUCACUUAGUUAACAUUCCAACGAAAAGUUUCGCAUAUCAACGCAAACUACAAGAGCUGCAUCUGAAUCAUAACAAGCUAUCUUCAGUAACAAACACAACUUUCCAAGGACUUAAUCAACUAACCGUUUUGAAUUUGAAACGUAACUUCUUGGAGGAGUUAACAAACGGAGUGUUCACUACUCUGCCACGAUUAGAAGAACUUAACUUAGGUCAAAACAGAAUAUCGAGGAUUGAGCCCAGAGCCUUCGCUGGAUUAUCGGCUCUACGGAUCUUGUAUUUAGACGACAAUCAGCUGAGCUCAGUGCCAACCACGUCGUUCAGCCUCUUGGGUAGUCUGGCAGAGCUGCAUGUGGGAUUGAACGCAUUUUCAUUCCUGCCUGAUGAUGCCUUCGCAGGCCUUAAUAGACUGACUGUGUUAGAUCUAAAUGGAGCUGGUCUCUCCAAUAUUAGUGAAUAUGCGUUUAGAGGUCUUCCAGGACUAAGAAGUCUCAACCUUUUUGGAAAUAGACUCAUUACGGUCCCCACACUUCAACUGUCUGGCCUGACAAGAUUAGAGGAUUUGUAUAUUGGACAAAAUGAAUUCAUCUCUCUGGAAAGCCAUUCAUUCAAAGGCUUGAAAAAUCUGAAAUUACUAGACAUCACAGGCGCCACUCAGUUGGAAAGAAUUGAAAAAGGAGCGUUCGAAGAUAACAUCAAUUUGGAAACAAUUGUUCUUGCAAACAAUAAAAAGUUGGCAACCAUUGAAGAUUGCACACUAUUGGGCUUACCAAAAUUGAAGCAUGUUUCUCUGAGAGAUAACGCUAUUGUUACAUUAAGCGAAACAGUGUUUAUUGGAAAAGAGUUGAAGCAAUUAGAUUUAACUGACAACCCUAUCUUCUGCGAUUGUCAACUGUUGUGGCUACAACAAUUACUGUAUGAUAAGAGCAAUUUCACACAAUUACACUGUGCCAGCCCUGAACAUCUGAAGGAUAAACCUCUAAGAAACUUAAAUGCUGAUGAUUUGGGCUGUGUCCUUCAUGACACACGACAGCAAACAAUCAUCUGCAUCGUUGUAGUUGCCUGCGUAGCCACUAUUGCGACAUUAGUGUUAAUAUUGUAUAGAUAUCGCAAGAGCAUGCAGGAGAAACUCAAAGACUACAAGUGGAACAAGGGGCGUAAAAACCUCGAGUACCAUAAGCCCAUCUCCACUGAGGAAGACUGCAUAGUGCGUGGUAUCCACCCAUCGCAGUACCCCGCACCCCCACACACUCCCGGCCUCAGGCCUAUUCCGGUAACGGAACUGUAG